GGGCCGGGUGACGUCCGCCAUCGCUACGGCGGCCGCCCUGGGCCAAACGUGCCUUUCCGCGAAGCUGCCUGCGGCCGGUAUGGAGCCCGGGGAGCGCGCGGAGAGCGAGGGCUGCGCGGCCGAGGCCGGGCCGGUUUUCACGCUGGAGGAGGUGGCGAAGCGGAACUCUAGCCGCGAGGCCUGGCUGGUUAUCCACGGGCGCGUCUACGAUGUCACUCGCUUCCUGGAGGAGCAUCCUGGUGGAGAAGAGGUUUUGCUGGAACAAGCUGGUAGAGAUGCCACAGAGAGCUUUGAAGAUGUUGGGCAUUCCACAGAUGCCAGGGAAAUGCUCAAGCAGUACUACAUAGGGGAGAUCCACCCGCAUGACCGUAGAACGGAAGGUUCUCAGAAUCCGAGUACGACAUCCUCAGGCCAAGCAAGUUUCUGGUCAACGUGGCUAAUCCCCAUCUUUGGAGCACUGGUCCUAGGCUUAAUGUAUCGCUAUUACAUGUUGGAUGGGAGAACAUCUUGAACUGCCCUUGCUGGGACCUCAGGAAGCCCGAAAGAGAGGGUGUGAGAGCGAGUGUGUGCAUGCAACACGCGGGGUUCAGCUUCCCUUAACCUUUCCUGCCUUGCUUUUAGCGUUGAGUCUAUCUGUGCUGUUGAUACCCAUGGGACCAAACUACUACCAGGCUCUCUCUGUCCUACCUCUGGGACCCCUGGCCCUGUUGUGCUUUCCCCUGGGAUUCCCUUUGGGGGGUGUGUGUCUCCCUGGCGUGUGCGUGCUCCCGCGCGCUCUCUCUGCUCUAAACCACGGGCAAUCCUUUUCUUUCGAUGCCUUUUUGUGGAGCCAGACAACGUGAAACAGCUGCUCGUGAGCCCGUGGCUUUGCCUCAGCCCUUCACGUAGCACUGUCAGAAGUAAACUGCGGGUUGUGUGCAGCCCUGGCCGGAGCCUGGGCUCCCUGGUCCCUCUCCCAGCGCUCGCUGGGGCAGCAGGAGGCUGUAGCUUUGCUGCCUCUUCCUGCACGUGUCUGUUUGUAACGGUUAGACAAAUACAAGGGUUUUAAAAGGA